AGAGAACGAAAAGUUAUGUAUCGCAAACCACACUGUACAAUCGCCAUAUUGUUUGCGGCAGUUUGUUCACGUCGUGCUAAUACACCGAUUUAGACGCUUUUACGCGUUUAGUAUAAAAUUACAUUGUUUAUUAACAAGCCGCCAAAAUUUCACGAAAAAGUAAUAUGAAGAAAAAUAAGGAGGUGUCAGAUGAGGAGGAUGAGUAUUCAGCAGACGAUCCUGAUGAAUUAGCAUCGGAGGAAGAAUGGAAUCCCGAAGCAGGAUCGGAGGGAGGUGGAAAAAAGAAGCAACGAAAGGAAUAUAAAAAAAAGAGACAACAUUCUGAAGAGGAAGACGAAGAAGAAGAUGACGAAGAAGACGAGGAGGAAGAUGAAGAAGAAGAUGAAACUGAUUCUGAUUCCACAAAAAAACCUAAAAAAAAACGACGUGUAAAAAAAGAUGAAGAAGAAGAAGAAGAUUCUGAUGACAACAGUUUUAAUGAAUCAUCUGGCAUUCCACCAAAAGAUUACACAUCAGGUGCAUUUGUUGUUGCAAAAACCGAUGUCGGUGGUAGCACUGAACCAACAUUAUGGAGGAUAGAUGGAAAAGCGUUGUUACAAAAAUAUUUACCAUUUAAAGAAGAAGGCAAAACUUUAUAUAAAAGUACAUCUACAUAUUCUGGAUGGUCGGUAAAUAAUAAAGAUAAAUACUUAGCCGCCUCCGUAACUUUUAAGGUGCAAAACAGAAAUGAAACAAUUGUAGAACUUCAUCUCGAUCAACAACAAGUACAACAGCAACCAGUUGUAAAGCACGAUAAAGAAGACUAAAUUAACUGCGAUAUGUGUCAUUUGUCUCUAUUCGUAAUUGAAUUUCAGAAAAUUGGAUUUUAUAUCAUUUAAUAAAUAGAAAUUUAUCCGACACAGACACCCAUACAUACACGUAUACAAAAUAAUGGAAUACCCAUCAUAAGAUUUGUUUAUAUAUAUAUUUGGAAUAACCUUCGAAUGGAUUCGUAUGCAAAGUAAGUGAUUGUUUCUUUUUCAUCAAUAAAUAUUAACAUCUCAAUGAUUAA